CACCCUGAGGCCUCAGCAGCCCUAACCUGCUUUCCUCUUCUCCCCUGGCGGCGGCGCUCCUCGUCUCCGAGGAACCUCCGCCCCCUCGCCCGCCACCGCCGAGGCAGCUCGCCGUCCUCCGCUCCGCCGGACCGGCGCGGGGGCGCGCGGAGAUCGGACCCGGCCUGGAGCGACUACUUCCUCUCCCCGGAAACUCAGCACCAAACACUUUACUGUCAAACAAACCAUCCAUCGAUCUGCAAUGGAAGCCAAGUUCUUCCGGUUUCUGAAGCUCGUGGGGGUCGGUUUCAAGGCGAGGUCAGAGAGCCAAGGCCGUGAGCUGUUCCUGAAACUGGGCUACAGCCACGAGGUGCAGUUCACCGCCCCGCCCGCCGUCCGCGUCUUCUGCUUCAAGCCCAACAUAAUCUGCUGCACCGGCAUCGACAAGGACAGGGUUCACCAGUUUGCCGGCGCCGUCCGGAGCUGCAAACCCCCAGAGGUGUACAAGGGGAAGGGCAUACUGUACAUCGACGAGGUCAUCAAGCUGAAGCCUGGGAAGAAGCAAAAGAAGUGACAGCCAGGAAGGUGUUAGAACUUUAUAUUUGGCUUUUAACCUCUUGAGAUCGGUUCUGCUGCGCAUUUGUAGCCAUGCGGAUUUGAUGUGAUUUCUUGUGCUAGGCAGAACAGCAUUGUCCCAGACUUGCCUCUGUAGUGUCAGGCAAUGCAUGUACGCGAGGCGUGUAAUGGAGUUGUAUGCCCAUGAAUAGGAAUAAGUUGCCAGUUAAAAUUUUGUUGAUGUCAAGCUGGAACCUUACUCUGAGUUUGGAUUUCUGUCAUAUUGGAAUGUUUCCUUCCAAAAUUCAUUCAUUGUAGAGGUUCCAAACUAA